GCUGAAGCAAAAAUCUGCGGAUGGCAUCGAGGAGUUGAGUUGCAGGGAGACGAUGAGAAACUUCAUCGUCCGAGUCUGCUUAGGUUGGUUGGCAGCAGCGAUUCUGGUGAAUGGUCAGCCAGUACGAAGUCGACGAAGGAUACAUCGACACGGGAAGAAACGUCCGAAUCGCUGACAGGUACUUCGAGGAUUCGACACAGGUACGUACGUGGUUCACCGUUCGAAGCUUUCCCGACGGAACUCGCAACUGCUACACCAUUCCCCGGUUGAAGGAAGGGGACAGGUAUCUCGUAAGGGCCUCCUUCGUUCACGGCAACUACGACGGCCAAGCCUUUGGGAACUCCGUCGCCCCACCACUGCUAUUCGAUCUCUAUGUCGGUGUCAACCUCUGGCGACGCAUAAACAUCACCAAGGCGUCCACACUUUACGAGGCCGAGAUUAUUACUCUCGCCCCGUCCGACUCCCUGUCGAUAUGCCUGGCCAACAUUGGUUCGGGAACGCCGUUCAUAUCUUUGCUGGAGUUGAGGCAUAUCGACAACCACCUGGCGUACCAGGACGCGAAUCAAUCCGCUGCACUACUCUUCUACAGUCGCUACAACUUGGGAUCCCUCACCAACGACACCCUCAGGUGAGAGCAGAUGGGGAACCCGAUAGUGAUAACAUCAGUCCUGCAUAUCUACUGGCAACUCAUGUCCAUUUCAUCCAUCGGCUGGCGUACCCAGGUUUAAAAGGUUAUUUUAAUCUGACAAGGGUGGUCGGUUCCACCCUUCCCCCCAUCCUCAAUGCUGCUGAGGUUUACAUUCCUAUUAAUCUUUCAGCUGUGGCAACAGAUCCAGCCGAUGGUAUGCUAUCCCACCACUACUUUGGACAUCCAUCGCUCUAGUCCGGCCAAUAACUUGUAUCAUCUGCUUCUUCUUUUUUUCCCCUCAAGAUGAACUGUGUUUUUCUUAUUAAUUACCUGCACACUUUUGAAGACUAACAUGCAAUGUGACCAUUCAUGCUUUCCCCCCCUUUGAUCCAUUUUCUGAAGGAAAAAAGUGUAGUAUGUUAUUGGCAGUGCAUUAUCCAUUUCACUGGUGUCUUACCUGAACGUAUACAAUAAGUUGUUUGCUUAUUUAGCUGAUUGCUGAUUUGAAGUUUACAUAUUAAGUUGAAGAUGAAUAUAUUGUCUCUUUCCUUUAUUUUGUUGUAGCAUAGGUAAAAUGAAGCAUAUUUUCUGCCACCUUUGUUAAAAUAAUCAGUCUACUGGAACUUACGUAGGGAUUCAUUUGGUCAACUUGGAGUGUACAAUAAUUCCAAAGACUUGCUUAUUGCAAUGAAAUGUUUGAGAUAUUAUGCAUAACUGUCAAUCAUAUGUUCAGAGGAUGUGCAUACUUUUCGGGAAAAUAUGUUAAUUAUUCUUUUUGAGUCCAAGCACUUGAACCAUGCAUUAUCAGAAAUUAUAAUUUAUAUUCAUCUGCGCUUUUACUUCUCGUGGUGAUUUGACAUGUAUGAGAUGAUAAGCAAAAGUUAGAUUGACAAGAAUAUAAAUGACUGAUAUUGACAAUAUAUAAAAUGACUGGGUUACCAUACAACAAGUGAUGUAUCUAAUGGUUUUGAUGUGCUUGUAUAUAUCAUUUCAAGAUAAUUAUUCAUAAGCUAGGUCAAGCACAAUUUGGAUAUUAAUAUCAAUAGUAAGAUCAUACAAACAUCAGGAUUUUCAGUGAUCAAAGUUCUAUCGUUUAAACCAAAUCAUAUAAGGUGUGGCUAGGUGUGCUCAUGCAUGUGAAACGCUUUUUCCGGGCAGAGUUGUGUCAAAAUGCUUCAUGGAGCCCAUUUACUACUUUGAAAUGAAUAUUAAAUUUUUUUCGGAGGGGGCUAUAAUAAUCAUCUACAUGGCAUGGAUCCAAUUACAUGCCAACCUUGGAUUUUUUUCACAAUAGCUUGAAUUCAGUAUGGUGGACCAUGGUUGAUCUGUACCGAAGCUAUCUCUUUCCUGAAGUAAAUAAGAAUUUCUCUUUGCAUAGCAUAUCAGAUAUUGGCUUAACCA